AUUUCCCAGAAAUUCCCAGUCCCGUCGUCGCUUCCGUUGUGCUGGAGGCCGCCGGGGCGGCGGCGCAGGCUGGCUGCGGUCGGACCUCAAACCGGGCGGAGAGCGGGGGCCCAGCCGAAUGAUAAUGAUGAUGUCGAGCGUGGAAGGGCCCCUGGGCCUGGGGGACGGAGACCUGCUGGACUUCUUGCUGGAGGAGGGCGGCCUGGAACCGUUCUCCGGGGACGGACCGGCCCCACGGCAGGACUGGAGCCCGCUGGACCCGGAGAUCCUGAGUGACCAGGACGUGGAGGAUUUCCUAAAUUUGUUGCUGGGUUCCCCUGGGAUUCCUUCCCACGUGAGCAGUGACAGCAGCUCCUCCGGCCCCACUUCCGGCAGUGGGAGGGCCUCCCCUACCCCUCUCCAGGGUCCGGGCAGCGUCCAGAGUGAACACAACUACUCCUUGAACGUGGGGCUACUAGCCCUGGAGGAGGGCAGCCCAGCGGCACUGGAGCCGGGUGAGGGCAGCCCCAGCCCGGGGCCCGCUGUGGAUGACGUCUCCAUCGAUCUAGGCGCGUGGGGCAUUCCCGAAGGGUCAGGAGACGAUGGGCUGAAUCCGGGGCUCAGGGUGUCUCUGCUUGUGGAGGAGACUCCGCCGCAGCCUGCCUCUCCCCGACUAAUUCUGACCGAAGAGGAAAAACGGCUCCUGGAGAAGGAGGGGCUGACCCUGCCCGAGACUCUUCCCCUCACCAAGAUGGAAGAGCGGGCCCUGAAACACGUGCGGCGGAAGAUUCGAAAUAAACAUUCAGCUCAGGAGAGCCGGAGGAAGAAGAGGGUGUACGUUGGAGGGUUGGAGAGUAGGGUCUCGGUGUGCACAGCCCAGAACCAGGAACUGCAGAAGAAGGUCCAAAUGCUCGAGAAACAGAACUUGUCCCUGUUGGAACAGCUGAGGAAACUUCAAGCUCUGGUGACUCAGACGUCAACCAAAACCAGCAGUACCAGCACCUGUGUCCUGGUCCUCCUCUUCUCCUUCUGCCUCGUUCUCUUUCCCACCAUCUACCCCCUGGGGACUGGAGUGCAGCAACAGGACUUCCGAGGAGUGUUAUCGCGUCGGCUGCGCACGGUCCCGCCCGAGCCGGUCUCUCCUCAGGAUGCCUCCGUGUCCCACCUGGAUCCGCCAGCUCAGGAAAAAGAGGCAGUGUUCUUGGAGCGCAUGUUAAAUCGCUCAAGUGGCGAGCGUCCUGGGCCGAUCGUGGACGACUCUCCCUCCGCCUCCCCCGGCAAUUCAUCCUCUGACCCUCCUGGCGGGGGUGUGGAGCAGAGAACCCCUCUGCCGCCCUGCCCCUCCCCUGGCGGGAACCCCUCCCGUCCUUCCUCCCCCGUAGGGGGGACCAAAGAGAUGGCCUGGGCCGCUGUGGCAACUGCUGCCCCAAGCAUCGUUCUGCAGACUUGGCACUCUGAUGAGAUGUGAGGAGUCUCGGAGGGCUGGUCUUCCUCCCUCCACCAUUGGUAAACAGCAUGAGCUGUCACCCUAAAUCCCACUUAUCCUUAACCGAGCAUGUCCCCACCCUUCCCCAUUCUUUUUAGAUGGGGACACCCACCGGAUUCAUGGAUUAUUUUUCCCCUCCCAUCCCCACCCCAUCUUGCAAUUCCUGGAAAAUAAAAGGGAAAGUGUCUUAGCCUGGA